ACUUGUUUUUAGUCUACCAUAAUGCUUUUUUAAAUUUUAAAUAUUAUGAAAAUAUUUAUACGGGUAAAUUAUUCGCGAGCACGUAACUGAACACGUGGUUCGCGCUGUUUAAAUAAAGUUUUGUUUGUUUCCAAUGACCGCAAAGAUGGCUUCCUCUUUGCUGAAGGUUGCAGUUACAGGUCUCUCGAGGUGCGCAUGGCACACUUUACCCUCAGUGAGGGCAUUGUCUCUGACUGCACCCGUCAGUCAAGGUGUCCCUCAGUCAUUAUGGAAGUUAGGCAGGCUGAAUCAUGUGGCUAUCGCAGUGCCAGACCUAGAGAAAGCCACUGCACUGUACCGUGAUGUGCUGGGGGCUCAAGUAAGCGCCACUGUGCCUCUUCCUGAGCAUGGGGUGUACACUGUGUUUGUGGAACUGGGGAACACCAAAUUAGAGCUUCUGCACCCUCUGGGAGAAAAAAGCCCUAUUGCAGGAUUCCUGCAGAAGAACAUAUCUGGAGGGAUGCAUCAUAUCUGUAUCGAGGUGGAUGAUAUCAAUGCUGCAAUAGCUGAUUUAAAGGAAAAGAAAAUCAGACUGCUCUCCCCAGAGCCACGGAUAGGAGCUCAUGGCAAACCUGUGAUGUUCCUCCACCCUAAAGACUGUGAUGGGGUUCUUGUGGAGAUAGAACAAGCUUAGAUAUUGCACAUGAGAUUGUUAUCUAGUAAUCUGUGACAUUUUGUUUAGGCUUUUGUAAGAUUGUGAUCAUUGCAAGAAAAAUUGGAUGAUUUCACUUGUUCCAUUAAUUUUUGACCUGUUAUGGUGUGUUUGGCUUUUGCCUUUUUUCUCAUGCCUUUUUUCUGAAGUAAAGACUUUCCUUAGUGACUUAAUAAAUGAUUAACUUAUAAUUCUUUGGGCCUUUACAAACUCACACAUUUAAAAUUUGUAAAAAUUUUUGUAAAGCUUGUUUAAUUCUCCUUUUUGUAUUUAUACACUACAAGUCAAAAGUUUUUGAACAGUAAGAUUUUUAAUGUUGUUUAAAGAAUUUUCUUCUGCUCAAAUAUAUAUAUUUUACUAAUUAAAAUAGCUGUUUUCUAUUUGAAUAUAUUUUAAAAUGUAAUGUAUUCCUGUGAUUUCAAAGGUGAAUUUUUAGUAUCAUUACUCCAGUCUUCAGUAUCACAUGAUCCUUCAGAAAUCAUUCUCAUAUUCUGAUUUGCUGCUCUAAAAACAUUUAUUACAUUUUUAGUAGAUUUUUUUUCAGGUUGCUAAUUAAAAUAAAUAAAUAAACAUGCUUUUAAAUGGUAUAAUGUGUAAUGUUACAAAACCCUUUUAGUUCAGAUAAAUGCUGAUCUUUGCAUCGUCCUGCUCAUCAAAGAAUCCUGAAAAAAAAAUGUACUCAACUGUUUUAAAUAUUGAUAAUAAUAAUAAUAAAAAUGUUUCUUGAACAGCAAAUUAGAAUGAUUUCUGAAGGAUCAUGUGACACUUAAGACCAGAGUAAUGUUGCUGAAAAUUUAGCUUUGAUCACAGAAAUAAAUUACAUUUUAAAAUAUAUUCAAAUAGAAAACAGUUAUUUUAAAUAGUAGAAACAUUUCAAACUUGCACUGUUUUUGCUGUACUUUGGAUCAAAUAAAUGCAGGCUUUGUGAGCAGAAGAGACUUUAAAACACAUUAAAAAACUUACUGUUCACAAAUUUUUGACUGGUGGUGUGUCUGUGGGGUACACUAAGUAUUUCUGUUGUUUUUUAAUGAUGAUUACAACAGUAUAAAGCCAAAAUAAGCUCAAAUAAAUGUAUGUUUUAAAUGCUAUAAUAAAAUGUGAGAUAAAUUUU